GCCAGCCUCAGUACGUGUUCGGUAAUUGAUGGAAGCAGAUCCUCAGGGCAGAAUAGUUAGUCAAAGUCAUGAAGCAAAUUGUGGUUCUCGGAGCGGGCGUGAACGGGUUGUGUGCGGCGGUUCAGCUGGCGGAACACUACUACAACGUGGCCAAUGUAACACUCAUCUCGGAAGACGUUACGCCCAACACGACGGGGGACGUCUCGGCCGGGCUGUGGGGACCGUACUACUGUGGGAACACGCCGGACCAUAAGAUUGUUCAAUGGUCCGCCGACACGCACGUGUUCUUCCACCAGCUGUGGCGAAACGGCCUCGCCGCUCGCAUCGGCGUCAGUCUACAGCCCUGCACCCGCCUCACGACCGAUCCCGCCGGUUAUCCGGACCCCGCCUGGCGAGACAACGUGUUUGGCUGCACAAAAGUACCGCAGUCCGAGCUGGACCGGCUAAGUUACGAGCACGGCCGCAAGUACACCGGCGGGUAUCACUUUGCCACGUUCACCUGCGAACCUUCCGGCCUGCUGCCGUACCUGUUCAACCGGUUCAUCAACGUGGGUGGGCGGUUUGUGCGAUCGCGGGUCGAGUGUCUGGACAGCUUGCUGCGGAGCCGGAAGGCGGACCUGGUGGUCAACUGUACGGGGUUGGGAUCGCUGGAGCUGGUGGGCGACAAGGAGGUGCUGCCGAUUCGGGGACAGGUGGCGCGGGUGUGCGCUCCUUGGGUGUUCGAGAUUCUGCUGGACGACAGCGAUGACGGAAAUUACGUUAUUCCCAACACCGAAACGGUCAUCCUCGGCGGAACGCACCAGAUGAACGACUUCAACCGGACGGUCAGCCAAGAGGACAGCAAGUUCAUCUUCGACGGGUGCGAGCGGAUGCUGCCCAGCCUCAAGUCGGCGCUGGUCGUCAACGAGCAGGUUGGCCUCAGGCCGGGCCGAAGUGCCGUGCGGCUGGAGCUGGAACAGUACCGAGCCGGAUCCCAAACGGUACCCGUUAUUCACAACUACGGCCACGGUGGCUGCGGCGUUACGCUCUGCUGGGGAUGCGGCAUCGAAGUAUUGGAACUUAGCAAAUCCCUCAACCUGGCCACCACAACGCGAUCCCGAUUAUAAACUGCCUUACUGCUUGUUGACUUUUGGAGUGUUCGGAUGAAUAAUUCUACGUCGUUAUUUUAGUGCAUAAUUUGUAGAUGUCAAUGUUUUCCAGUGUGUUUAGUUGCAUUUAGUUUGUAAAAUGAAAUCUUAUAGUGCGUAAUAAACCUUAACACGUAGAUAUCUGCUUACUAGUGAGAUAACAAA